CUGGGCCGCCAAAGCAGAGGGCGAGAACUUUAACCACUCAGCCACGGGGCCGGCCCCGAGCAGCCAACAUUUUGACAGCUUCCAUAGUAGAUCUUAAGUAUCUCACCUAAGUGUGUUUUGAAGUCCUUGAACUAUUUUUUUUUAAAGAUGUGAGUCAAUCAGCCCCCCACAGUAUCCUUAGGAUUUUCUGGAACAGUCUGAAAGCCACUAUUACAGGAAGGCUGAGGCCUGGGCCAUGGCCUUCAGUAAAUAAGCAGGCUGCUCUGGGCUGGGGGUGGUGGUAGGAACAGCACAGCCCCUGUCCUCAUGCUUUUACACGGCAGAAGGCCAGGAGCAGAGUGAAGCCAUGAUCCUUGGGUGAUUGAGUAGUCUGAGGUCAGAAAAGACAUGUAAAAAGUGAGAACGCUUUAGCAGGUGCAAGUGAGAGGAAAUUUGGGAAGAGUUUGCGGGAGGUGGGUUUUAGAAUGGGACAUAGAAGGAUGGAAGAAGGAUCAGCCGGCAGGAUUGGGGUGGGGAGAGAAACCGUGAGGAAGGCAGAGAGAUGGGGACUCUGGUCUAUGGCUCCAGCCUUCCAGUCAGAUCUGUGAGAGGAGGAGGGAAGCGAGGCUGGAAAGCAGGUGAAAUUGGGGGUGCGGAGCGCUGGGCGCAGGUCAAGAUGUCUACAUUUAACUGCAAAGAACAGGCACAGGCCAGAGGGAAGGUCGCCACGGGAGGGCAUGAUCUCACAUCUUGAGUUUAGGAACCUGAAUCUUGCCAACAGGUACCAAAACUAAUAAACAUUUGUCCUUACUCGCCCUAAAUCAGACCCGGCCCCAGGCACGCCGUUUGUAGCGGGCCGAUGGACGUGAGGCCAGCGCUGUCCAUGGUGACGGCUUUUGUGUAGCGUGACGCUUGCAUCCAUUUUCUCAAAACCGCUCGUGAGGGGCAUCAGCCCUCUCGGUAGACGAGGACGCUGAGGCUGCCUUAGGGUCACGGCCGGGAAGGCCUUGCGACGCCAAGUCUGCUCUCCGGCCGCCACGCUGCCCCGAGGCUGUCAGGCCCCGAGGGCCGGCGCCCAGCCGCCCGCAGAGCUUCCGGGACUCCCGCCGGGUCCUGGCUCCGCCUCGUCGCUCCCUCGCGCUGGGAGCUCCGCCCCCCGAGGGCCCGGCGAACCGCCACUUCCGCGACGGCCAAUGAGACCUAGCGGAGGGCGGGGCGGGACGCCGCUGAGAGCCAAUCCGGUGGGGGGGCGGGGCUGCGGCGGGUGGGAGCCGAGCGGCCGCCCCGCGGGCUUCCCAGCCGGGAGAGAGCCCGGCGCGGGCGGCGCGCACGGGGCCCCGUUGUGCGCGCGCCCGCCCGCCGCCCGCCGCCCGCGCAGCCCCCCGGCCGCUCCGCCCUCCGGGUCGUGGGGCCCGUCCCUCUCCUGCUGUCCUGUCGCCGCCCGGACAGGGACUCGGGAGCCGGGCCGGGACAGGGGCGGGAGCCGCGGGACGAGCGCCUGAGGUGCCUGUGGAGACGCCAUGGAGCUGAGCAGCAAGAAGAAGCUUCACGCCCUAUCCCUGGCUGAGAAGAUCCAGGUGCUGGAGCUCCUGGACGAGUCCAAGAUGUCCCAGUCGGAGGUGGCCCGGCGCUUCCAGGUCUCUCAGCCCCAGAUCUCACGCAUCUGCAAGAAUAAGGAGAAGCUGCUGGCCGACUGGUGCAGCGGCACGGCCAACCGGGAGCGCAAGCGCAAGCGCGAGUCCAAGUACAGCGGCAUCGAUGAGGCUCUGCUCUGCUGGUACCACAUUGCCCGGGCCAAGGCCUGGGACGUGACGGGGCCCAUGCUGCUCCACAAAGCCAAGGAGCUGGCCGACAUCAUGGGCCAGGAUUUCGUGCCCAGCAUCAGCUGGCUGGUCCGCUGGAAACGCCGAAACAACGUAGGCUUUGGGGCCCGCCAUGUACUCGCGCCUCGGUUCCCCCCGGAGCCGCCUCCUCCGGUCCCCACAUCCCAGGCCCAGCCGCCUCUUUCCCUCAAGGACUUCUCCCCAGAGGACGUUUUUGGCUGCGCUGAAGUGCCCUUGCUGUAUCGCGCCGUGCCUGGCACCGUGGGGGCCUGUGGCCACGUCCAGGUGCUGCUGUGUGCCAACAGUAGGGGCACAGAGAAGCGGCGGGUGUUGGUCAGUGGGCUCCGGGCCGCGCCGAGCUGCUUCUUUGGGGUCAGCAGCGAGGCUCUGCCUGCCUCCUACCACCCCGACCUGGGCAUCCCCUGGUCAGAGUGGUUGGUGCAGUUCGACCGGGACAUGGGGCGGCAGGGCCGGCAGGUUGCCUUGCUGCUGGCAGCCCGAGUGGUGGAGGGGUUGGCGGGCCCGCCCAGGCUCCACCACAUAAGGCUCCUGCCUCUGUCAACUGCCAGCACCACGCCUUCCCUGCCCACCUCUGUGGUCCGGGCCUUCAAGGCCCAUUACCGGCACCGUCUGUUGGGCAAGCUGUCUGCCGUGCAGAGCGAGAGGGCUGGCACUUCGCUGGCCGAGGCUGGGGCAGGGAUCACAGUGCUGGACGCUGUGCACAUGGCAGCGGUCGCCUGGGCCAAGGUGCCCCCUCGGAUCAUUGUAAGCAGCUUCAUUCAGGAAGGGCUGGCCCCAGGCAAAACGCCUCUGUCCCCGGACAAAGCCUCUGAGAUGCCACCAGUCCCCAGUGGGCUGAGCCUUGAGGAAUUUUCCCGCUUCGUGGACCUGGAGGGCGAGGAGCCCGUGUCUGGAGUGUGCAAAGAGGAGAUGGGCCCUGAAGACGAGGAGGGGGGCAGAGAGGAUGCCUUUGCGCCCUUGCCCACCAAAGCUGACGCCCUCCGGGCCCUGGGCACGUUGAGGAGGUGGUUGGAGUGUCAUGGCACCUCCCCUGAGCUGUUUGAAAAAUUCUACGCCUGCGAGGAGGAGGUGGAACGGCUCUGCUGCCUGUGAAGGGCCCCCCGCUGCUCUCCGGAGCCCCUUCUCCUGUUUCCCAUGGAAACGCCCUCUCGCAGAAAGCAGAUUGUAGGCUGGUCUUUUUCCCGUGGAAAUGGAGCUCUUGUGAAAGGUGGAGAAGAGAGACAAGUUGGGAGACCGAGUCUAAGCUCUGAGCGGAAGUUGUCCCAGCCCUGAGGAGAGGGGUCCAAGACGGGGCGUCGGGGGAGCGAAGCUGCGGAGUUUCUGAACCUCCAGGGGGGCUGGGACGUGGGAAGGUGGAAUUUGGGCUUUCCAGACAGGCUGAUCCCGUGAAC